ACAUGAUAAGACGUAAUUAUUAGAGACUGGCGCGCGAUUGCAAAACACAUCGCCAAGGUGAGCAUGCGAGCUAGACUGCGAGAGCGGAAAUUCGAAAAUGUAAACAAGUGGAGGGGGUAGAAGGGAGGCGAAGAAAUCCUUUUCUUGUUCGCCGCUACACCAGAAGCUCGCACCAGUAGCCUGCUGAAAGAAAACAACAAAGGAGAAUUCUACGGAAUCACUGCCAUGGUAUGAGCGAAGUGUCAAUUUAACUCGUUCAAAGACACAGGACUUCUCGGAAUUCGCGACAGAUACUCGUCGAGACGCACUCAUCGAGGCUUGUCACCGAAGUUAAGCUUUGUUGACACACAUAUAAUACACACCUCACUCACCUUACAUACUGCGACGAAUAAAUGGCUUGACAAUCUUGUCGUCACGAAAGAGAUAAUAACAUUCGGCGGCCAGCAAGAGAAACUCCAUGUUCGUAUUAUCUUGAGGACAGCCGCUGCCUUCAAAGCUGCGAUUUUCCGGAAUCUAAGUGUUAAAGGAGAAAAGAAGAGGUUUGCAAUGCUGUCGACUAAAGAGCCGAGUCGGCAGGUCAUCGGAUACUGGAUGUCUGAGAAAAAGAGCCAGAAACUCAACUGGAGCGAGUUCGCAAGUGUUUGCAAAGAAAAUGGACUUGAGCUUGUAAAGCUGGACCUGAACGAGCCUUUGGAAAUGCAAGGCCCCUUCACCGCCAUUCUCCACAAGCUGACGGAUAUAAUUGCUUUGGCAAUGCAGGGUGACGCCAAGGCGACGCGGAUGAUGGAAAACAUCGAGAGUUUUUUGGACGCCCACCCAGAAGUUGCAGUCAUCGAUCCUCUACCCAAUGUGCGUCAGCUUCUUGACAGAUCUCUUUCCUAUUCGGUGAUCCACUCCAGUGACUUAGGCACAAUUGAUGUGUUCACUCCCACCUAUGUCGAAUUGACAUCCAGUGAUGUGCAGGAGAAUAUUGCUACUCUCUCAUCAGCUGGAGUCAAGUUCCCGUUCGUAUGCAAACCUUUGGUGGCCCAUGGCUCAAGCAAUGCUCACAAGUUUUGUUAUCAGAUGUCAAUAAUUUUCAACGAGGAAGGCGUUUCAGACUGCAAACCACCCUGUGUUGCCCAAACCUUCAUCAACCACAACGCCGUACUAUACAAAAUAUUUUCCGUUGGUGAUGAUCACUACGUUGUCGAAAGACCCUCAUUGAAGAAUUUCUACUCUUGUGACCAAGAAACUAUUCACUUUGACAGUCACGAUGUUUCGAAGGCAGAUUCAACUUCAGCACUGAGCAUUUUGGAUCCGGAAGAUUCGAUUGGCGACAUCAACAUGCCUGAUCCAGAGAAAUUUGCAAGGAUAGCGGAGAUUUUGAAUAAGGAGCUAGGAAUGGCCUUGUUGGGCAUAGACGUUGUCCUCGAAAAUGGAACAAAUCGCUAUGCCAUUAUCGAUAUCAAUGCCUAUCCAGGCUAUGAUGGCUACCCGAACUUUUUUGGAAGUCUAUUGAGCUGUAUACAAAAGACCAUAGCAGAUCACAGCUCUCACUUGGCGGAAGUGAGUCAAGAGGGAAACCCCGACGACUCUGGCUUUGACACAGGAUAUUCGAGUGACGAAAAGAAGAAAAACCUCUUACGUGGGCGUGUUCACAAGAAAACUAUGUUGUAUGGGCCAGGGAACACAAAUUGCACCUCCGGUAGCUAGUCACGCUUUGCCGCAGAAUAUCACAUGAGAUGCCUUUUCGGUAUUUUGCUGUCAUAAUUUCCAGUACAAAAGGAACUGUGGGACCGUUUUCUUCCAUUACUUUUUCCACCUUUCUACAUUUUAUAUAAUUCUAUUUAAAAAAAAUUAUGGAUUAAAUUGUUUGCCGACGGUGGCGUUAAAAAGUUGACUGGUCUUUUCCAUUAAUUGUAAUGAAAUAUAAUUAUUAUGCCAAUCAAGUUUUUGUCGAUUAUAAAGAUCGAGGCCUGUUAAAUUUUUAUAGAUGAAUUUAAUGAAAGUGUCUGUUUGGGCUCAUUCCAUUUAAUUUAGAACUAUAAUAUUGUAGUUUCAUAAUAUGUUUGCACCGUGCUGUACUGUCUGCCUGUUAUAGUUCUGUAAUGCAAUAUGUGCUUAUUGUUAAUUUAGUUGCAGAUUUGCAAGGGAAUAUAAAUUUAUGCCGUCGACCGGUGCAAAAAGCUAUGUGCUUAGAUAGUGGAAUAUCAAGAUAUUUUACUCUGGGAUUAAUAAUUAUAAAAUAUGCAGUCCUAUUCCAGUGAUGACCUGUGAACUUUGGCGGCCAAGGAGAUAGGGCAUAAAAUAAGCAAAAUAUAAUGUUACUAAUGAUCAAAGAAGAACACAGUAUGAUAUAUGCAGGUCCAUUAAUGUAUGGCAAAAAUAUAUAUUUUUAUCGGCCAUGCAGUGUUAUUUGAGAAAAUUUUUAUCAGGAAAGGAAUAAAAAUUAUAUAAGACAAUGUUGAAUUAUCAUGAUGCAUUGUA